AUGUCUUGGGUUUUUAAAGCAAAAUAUUGGCUACCGAGCGGUGUGCAAUGGGAAGAUUUACAAAACAAAACGGAUCCGAAUGGGGGUAUUUAUCCGACCACGAAUCAUUUAACAAUGACACUUCUAACUGGAGUUUCACUAAUUAUAUAUCGGUUGAUAUUUGAAAAUUACAUAUUCAUUCCACUCGCCUACUUUCUUAGCCGCAAAAAUCAACCGGAAACGCGACAAGAAAUUCUCGACCGGGAAAAAAAGUACUCAAGAAUGGCUGAAUGUGCAAUGAGAUGUCAUUACUAUUUGCUGUCGUUUUCAAUUGGAUUAUAUUUGGUAUCCCACGAAUCACACUGGAAUGAUAUGAAAGAAUGUUGGAGAAAUUGGCCAUUUCAUCCAAUCCCAAAAGCUAUUGCUUGGUAUUACUGGAUCCAAGGAGGAUUCUACAUGUCUCUUAUUUUUGGAAUUUUAUUCCUCGAUGCCAAACGAAGCGACUUCUUUCAAAUGUUGUUCCAUCAUUGCAUUACAUUGAUUCUCAUCAACGUUUCCUAUGUAAUGAAUAUGGUUCGCGUUGGGACCCUUGUCUUGGUCAGCCACGAUGCCGUUGAUAUCCUCAUUGAUUUGGGAAAACUGUUUCGAUAUGAAGGAUGGGAUAACGCUCUUGCUGUCACGUUUCUUGCUGUUUUGAGCGUUUGGGUCAUGACAAGACUUAUCUAUUAUCCAUUCUGGAUUAUGCACUCGGUCUGGUUUGAUGCUCCAGCUCUCAUUCAGACGGACUACUCAUGGAUCAACUUUUCUCAGCAACCAAUUGCGCCAAGACUCAUCAUGAUAUUGCUGUCAGCCCUUCUGAUUCUGAACUUGUUCUGGGCUUACAUUUUAUUUAAGCUUCAGAUCGCCUAUGACUCAAUUAACGAGGGAGUUCUUGAUGAUGUCCGUGAAGAUUUUGAUGAAAUUUCUAAAUGCAAUCGGGAGAAGAACAAAAAUGCAAAGAAAGAUAAUUAA